AUGCUGGAGGAAAUUUUAAAAAACAUGUACAUCGAGCCUGAGCUUUUACAGGAGCUCUCAGAAGAACAGAAACAAAUUUUGUUUUGCUCAAUGAGACAAGUCCGUGAUUUGUUCCUUAAGUUAUAUUUCAUAGGAGCAAAUUCGCAGGUAUAACGCGUGGAUUGAAACUGCGCCGCCCAAAGACCCUAGUCAGUAAUGAAUUAUAGUUUCCUCUUGUCUGAUUUCUUAAUAUCAAUAACGUGCAAUUACAUUCAGGCCGUUUGUCGGUUUGUUUGGGCUGUACUGCUAAGUAUUACUUCUCUGAGCACUCGAGCAUCUGUUAUUUUCAAACCCGACCUUUACUCAUCCCCUAUAUAGCAAGUGGACGUUUACUGGUUUUAUGCUUAUUUCGAAGAUGCUUGCAAUGUAUUGCAUGCAAUCGUUUUCAUUACGGAAUGUUUGGUGGCCUGUUAUUGUAAUGUUUGCGAUAAGGGAUAGAGAAUUGCGUGCAGUAAUGGUUGAAUUUAGCAUGUAAAUCCCGAUACUUAGCAAGGGAUACACUCAGUUUAGAGAAGUUUUGAUGAUUGCAAGGCGUUAAGAUAUAUGCAUAGGCAAUAUGCUUCAUACCAUUUCAAGACCUUAUUGGACCGGGUUUCAGUGUCUGCGGUAAAGCAAGUCCUCCCUUUUCCAGCUACGCCUAGAAAAAAGGAUCCUAGCCAACUUUAUCAGGUCCGAUUCAAAGAGGACCCAUACAUCAUUGACGAUCUACACUUCUCCGAUGAGAAUGAGAAGUAAGCUUUACAUCUUUUCUGCGUUGUUCGCUUUGAUCAUUUGCAUAUCUUGAUUUAUACAGCCGUUAACUUCUUGACUCGUUGUCAAGAUUUUGGGGUGAUCAUCGCCAGUUAUACUAAGAAAGCGAAGAUCCCCUUGCCACUUUCUGCUUUUUGAUGACCGCUUUUGUCCUUUCCAUGGAGAAAACUUCAUCCCUAACACGCCGGGAGAAGGAAGUUUCAUUUGCACUCUAAAAUCAAUUGCGACAAUGCUUUAAAUAAGUUACAGCCCUUGCGUUUUUCGAAAGCGCUGUUGCAUACGAUGGUCCAGUGAGGGGUUUCGGUUUAGGUUCGUCAAGCUUAUCCGACUAAUGCGUUGACUGGGCCUUAAAGCACAUGAUUUUAUGGCUCCCUGUCUUCUCCUCGACCGAAAGUGAUCAUAACCUAUGGCCACAGAUAGGCCCCUUAUGUCAUUAAAGUAGACCAGCUGUAUAUCGUAGAGAUGUGGUGCAGACGAAUUUUCUGCAUCAAUUCGUUUCACCCAUCAACCGCUGAUGAUUUCAGAAAGACAAAUUAGUCGGCCUGUGUUUUAUAUAUUUUCACUCAAACUCUCGGCUUAGGCAAGAGUCGCCAUUACGUUGCAGAGCUCCUUUUAUUGUUUAUUUUGACGUCAAUAACAAGCAUCGCUUAGCUUCACUGGUUUGAGUGCUAGACCUGUUUCAUCCGUGUUCAGUGAAUGCUUCCGUUCAGUUUAAAUAACAGGAAAGAUCUACCUAGGGCUGGCUCUGUAUAUGGGCCAUUCCGUUUGUUAGUAUUUACUGUAGGCCGUUUUUUAAGUUUUCGUCUUUGGCUGCGCUCAGCAUUUCUCUGUAACAAUAAACUGACAGAUAUUGGGUUUUUAGCUAGCAUCGUUUCUUCACUGCAAUUUUUGGUGCAUAAACGCAUGACUACAUCUAUUCUUACUUAUUUGAAUGUUUUUCAUUCCGCCAACUCGAGGAACAUUUUCUUGGGCUGACUGUUCAUUUGGGAAUAAGAAAUAAGAGCACGGUCAUACCGCUUUGCAAUUUUUCCUCAUUCCUACCUCUGACGGAGGGUCUUCGUUAAGCUUAUUGCCAUGCCUUCUCCAUUCGGGAUAAUCAACACUAUCACGAACAUGUACACCGCACAUGGCCAUUAUUGCCUCUGAAAUAGCAGUGACAGCAGAAUCCAUGAGCCUGGCGGUCAAUGAAAGUGACAUCGGAUCGUUGAUAAAUUGCCCUGUUAAAAACGGCAGCCAUCUCGAGGACAAAAACAGCUAAAAUUACCCAUCUUUGAAAAUUUCCCACGACCAACAAAUGCAGGCGGACAAACGGAGGUAGAAAUUCUAGGGUGAAUUCAUCGUUUGAUUGCUAGUAUGUUGUGCCAUUCGUUUUUAGAGUGUCCAGCGAGCUUUCCAGUAAAUAAGCGGACUUCGACUUGAGUCAUUUGUGGACUGAAAGCAACAGCUCGUUAAUAACCAAUGCGUCCAAGAAACUCGUUGUUUACCGCUCAAGGUCUGGCGUUUGCGACAAAUCCAGUCAGCUCGGUGUGAUUUGUCCUCGGUGACUUUUCACUCGUCUUCAGGAGACGAUUCCGCUAUUUUUCAUAUUCUGAUCUUAGAUCAGUCUGACUGCCUAAUUUGAUAUCAGCUUGGGGAGACACGGCAUUCGAAUAAAGACCUUCCGAGAUAUUGGUUUGCCACCCGCUUGCCAUGUUCUGCCCUUGUAUUUCAAUAGUGUGGCCGACGUUUUCUCCCGGCGAGGAUUUGCUAAAUAUCAGUUGACUGCGCAUUUCAACUCAUCCUUGAUGAUAGACUAAAGCAAGUUUCAACUGGUCGGACGGUCUAUUUGUUAAACCCAGCAGUAGAAUUCCCGUCCACGUUUGGUCGAAUAGCGGUGUCUUAAAUAUAAAUGCGUCGCAAGAAGGUUUUCCAUUGAUCUGUUUGGGAAAUUUGUGCAUCAUAUAUAUAUAUAUAUAUAUGCAUAAUAGUAGAGGGACACUCACCGAUAGUUUUUACGGAACUCACUCGUCCCGUUGUGCCUUACAGUCUCUCGAGUCCAACCAGCAGUCCCACAACGGCGCAUGAUAUAGACAGAAUGUUAUUACCGACAAAAACAAGGGAGACUAGAAUGGCCUCUAUCGUGGUACAUUCUCAAUCGAAACCGACAUGACAACGAGCCCGUGGCUCAGUGGUUAGAGGCGUCGGACUUCUAACUAACAGGUCGCAGAAUCGAGCCCCAGGUGUUCCACACUUCGGGGUUGGGUAUGGCUGGCUGGCGAGGGCUAAUAGGCCUGAAAUGGCCAUUCCAGUCUCCCUUCUCUUUGUCGGCAAUAGCAUUCUGCAUAUAUACGUAUAUGUCAGGCGAAUAAUUUCAGAAAUUAUUCAAUGCAGGACACGGAGUUGAAUUUCCGGAACAUGACCUUUUAGGAUCUGACCCGAAAUUCCAAUGAACAUCCGAGUCGCCAUAUAUAUGUAUAUAUUUUAAUCAGGAAUGGACACACACCGAUCUGUUGGUUUUCUGAGGCAAACAAGCUCUGUUUGAAUAACAAAGGUCACGAACAGGCAACUAACUACGAGACCGAAGUCGGCCAAUGUAGAAUGGCAGCGAGGAGGGACGACAGAGAAUGUGGGUAGAUUUAUACAGCACUGUUUCGGCUUCGGGUUAUUUUGCAUUCAUCCAACCAAUCAUAACAUUAAACAGCAGCUGGGACUGGAAACACAAACAUGCGCUCCGACACACCCAUCUGGUAGAUCCCUGUGGUGGGCCAGCUGCGCUAGGUGUGUCUGAGCGCAUGUUUGUGCUCCCGGUCCCAUUUGCUGGUCAGGGUCAUAAUUAACUGAAUGAAAGCACAAUAGUCCCGAAACAGUACUGUAUCAGUCUACCCGCAUUGUUUGUCGUCCCUCCUUGCUGAUAUUACACACACAUACACACACAUAUAUAUGAGCAGCGGAGACUAUCUCGGGAAUCAUGUCUUUACUGCCUUGACGUUCCAAAAGCAAACAAGCUGGUAUCGUCCGGUGUUUGCGUUGUUCUGCGCUCCACACCUUUUUGAGGUUGGCGAUCACGCCGGCUUGCCGAUUAUUACAGGGCAAUCGGGAGAAUAUGGUCCGUACCCUCGCCUUCUGCCGCACUGAUCCGUCGGGAAACCUGUUUGCACAUUGGCGUCUAUCGCCUGCGUCUGCGUGGACUUUGAUUGCCCUCUCCUGAGUCGCUUCCUUUCCACUUCUCGACUGCUCUUACUCUCUUCUCUUCGGCAGUGGUUGCUGCACUAGUGUUGACAGUUAAGUCUUCGUUUAAUGCGGCUUCUGACGUGUCUGCGGUCACUUUCAGCCUAACUUUCAUUUUACCUGUGUUUACGUCCGGCCUAGGCAUCUCUGAUGACGCAAGCUCGUCCGCUUUGGUACAAUAUGACUAUGAUUUCUGAGGUCACCUCUUAUUUUCGGUUAUUUCUAUCGACACACAUCUUUGCAUCUAUCAAUACUAACAUACGCCUUACUUUGACCGUCGCGGGCGAAGUUGAUCACUGCUCCACCAAGCAGACGCAGCCGGGACUUGCCCCUCAAUUUAUUUACACUGCAACAGACUUGCACUCCAUCUGCCUCACUCUCUUCUCACAUUCGAUGUCGUCUGCCGGCAAGCCAAGGUCAGGGCGACCGGAGUUGGGCGUGGACACUGUGGUUUACAAAGUCAGACGGCGCGUCUGUGUGGGCCACGCACGAUCGAGUUGUCAAUUCUUAACUUACUCGAUUUCUUUGGCGAGCGUCUGUUCGAUCGUACUGUCGACCCGUCGGCCGGAUAUCAAUCGUAGAUCGUCUUCACAGUGUGGACUGGAAGCUUCAUGUUUUCAGUGGCAGGCGUUGAUCCGCUCAAAAGUAACCCUGUGACAGCUGUCUCUUCUGGCGUUUUUUCGGUCUUGUCAGUCUGUCUGGUCAGCACGAGAGUUCGUUCCGUUUUUUUCAUGUACAAUGAAGACAAAAAUUAGAGGUCAUAGACACAGUUAAUCGAGUCACCGCUUAGUCCCUGAAAAGAUCGAUUAAUGUUAUGAAAAACACCAUCGCUUUUGUUUCGGGUAGCCAACAGGUCGAUGUGUGCCUAUUCCUGCGCCCAAAACUAAGUGAGAGGGCAAAGAGCCACUGAUGCGUAAUAAUCGUGAGCUGCACGUCGAGUUAUCCUUUCCCCCCAUUCCAGAAAAUUUGGUUUAUCCCUGGUACACAUCCGGGCGAUGACGGUAAUAGUUUAAGGUGAAUUACAUGAUUCCACAAAAAGAUUUCAGACUUAAUAUACUCAGUUCUAUCAAAUCUGACUUUUUUUUCAAAAGGCAUAUUGACAACGCCCAAAUUAGGGUCUCGUUAGCAGACCUGCUUUUCUGUUGUCCAGUUUAUAUUUUUGACUUGAAACCGUAAGAUCCUUACCAGUCAGAGCUUUUUAAAGCAAAAUAUACCAGCACUCUGAUCAACCAAUUAUCGUACUUUUUCAGAUUUAGAAUUUGCUAAAAAUAAUCUUGAAUAUGAUAAUGGUAUAGGGGAUGUCGACUUCAAAGAUGAUAUCAUGGGGCACCAACAAGUAUUUUUCUGAUAUUAGUUACGUGGUUCAAAUAGUCCCUAAGCCAUCGAAAAACAAAGUUCGCACGUUAAAUCUUAGCCGAUGCCCGUCAAACAACAGCUUAUCCUUUAAAUCGCCCUUGAGGAUUUUUUGAGGCAUACCUACCCAUUCCAUCUAAAAAAUAUCCAUGUAUUUAUGCCGGAGCACUAACCCAGUCAAGUAUAUUUGGGGAUUGACCCGAGAAAAAAACACGCGUGGCAUGGAGGCCCUGCUAUGAAUGGAACUCCUGUUGGAUUAUUUGUGGUGUUCGAAAAUGCUUAAAGGCCUACCAAUAUCGAACACUUUGUUAAAACACCCAAACUUGGGGACCGCACAGUCUUGCACUUACAUUGGUUUUUCGUCCUUUAGACCUGCGAACACCAAUGUGGAAUUUUUGCCCUUAUCCUCCUCACCGAAAGACCCCAAAGUCGCAAUACCCAAUGGUCAGGUACUUCCUCCGUCAUGGUUCCUUUCUACCAUUCUGUCCAACUUAACUCUCUUCUUUCACAUUUGA